AUGGGUCUCCCAACAGAGGUCUUGCAGGCCUGGGAUGCUUGCGACCGUACUGACACUCUUUUCGUACUGGUCUGCUCAGUCUUUUGCUGGGGAAUAAUUCCGGCAGUAGGUAUUGCAUACAGCGGGUACACUACGCGCUCCAACUCUCUUGCGGCAAUUAUGCCUGCAAUUCUCUCCGUUAUCGUCUGCUCAAUACAGUGGUUUCUGAUCGGAUACACGUUAACGUACGGAGAAGGGGGCGCCAUCUUCGGAGGUUUCAAGUAUGCACUCCACAAAGGUGUUUUGGCGGAGCCCGUGGGAACCAUACCAGCAGUCCUCUUUAGCUUCUUUCAACUCGUCUUCCAGGCUACGGUGUGCGCAAUUGCCGUCGGUGGUGCCUGUGAGAGAGGCCGCAUACUGCCACUGAUACCUUUUAUUUUCUUGUGGUCAACAUUCAUAUACAACCCCCUAGCACACAUGGUCUGGGGCGGAGGCUUCCUCAUGGAUUUGGGCGUCCUGGACUUCGCCGGCGGAACACCGGUGCACAUCAACUCCGGAGCAACAGCAACUGCCAUGUCUGUUUACCUUUCUUAUCCUCUGUUCCGCUCACGCAAAUCAUCUAUACGAACACCAUCGCACCUGGUCAUCCAUCGUCCGGUCAACUCACUCUGCCAGCUACUGGCUAUGAUUAGUAUUUGGGGUUCAUGGCUCGCUUUCGAUGCUGGAACGACUCUUGCAUUCAACUUCAAGUCAGUCAUGGCACUUUGCGUUACGAACCUUUGCGCCGCCUCUGGUUCGCUGACGUGGAUGCUGUAUACGUACAUGGAAGUCGGUCGCUGGAGUUUGGACUCUUGCUUUAUGGGCGCCAUCUCGGGGCUUAUCAUGAUUACGCCCUCGGCUGGCUUUAUUGAUUUACCAACCGCUUUCUUCUUCGGCAUCCUAGGCGCACUGGUCUGCCGUCAGGCACUCCGAAUCAAGUUUACUGACUUUGCUCGACGCUGGCGCUGGGUAGACCAUGGUGACACUUUUGCAACGCACUGCAUUGGUGGUGUUCUGGCUACCAUAUCGACCGGCUGCUUUGCUCGAAAAGAAGUUGCGGGAUAUGAUGGAGUGACCGAGAUCGUUGGAGGCGUCUUCUUUGACGGUAAUGCACGGCAACUGGGUAUCCAGAUUGUGGAAGCUCUUGUUGGAUUCACCUGGUCGUUCAUUGGAAGCUACAUCAUUUAUGCACUUAUUGAUUGCGUUCCUGGCUUCGAGGUGUUGGCCGAGGACAAGGACAUCAUCACAGGCUUGGACGCAAGCCAACUAGACGAGGAAACACUAUGGACGGAGACGCAGAAAUACUACCCUUAUGCUGAACUCGAAGGUGAGCUGCACCUCGAUUAA